AUGCAAGCAUUGUGCAGUCUACACGAGAAAAUCAGAGAAUACUUAGAGGAAGAGGUUGGCGUGGAGUAUUGGUCAAGAGCACAUUUCAAUGGAAUCAGAUACAAUACUAUGACCACAAACAAUGCAGAAUCAUUAAAUUCAUUGUUGAGAAGUGCUCGAGAAUUUCCUAUACUUGCUUUGAUCGAGUAUAUCAGGGAAAAGAUGCAGAGUUGGUUUCAUGAUAGGCGCAUUGAUGCCAAAAAAUGUACAAGCUAUCUCCCCCCGCCAAUGGAGGAGAAAAUGUACGAUAGGUAUAAUGAGUCAAAAGGUUUUGAGGUAAAAGCUCUUAGCCUAGAUGAAAUGCAAAAACAAGCUUAUUCUGAAUAUAUAUAUCCACUGUCAAAUGAGGUGGACUGGAAAAUUCCCGAUAGUGUUCGAUCAAGAAAGGUGAUACGACCGUUGACACGAAGAGGAAGUGGACGUCCACCAAAAAAAAAGGAAACAAUCAGCCGGAGAGGUGCGCAAGUCUCUAUUAAAAAGGACGGUGGUGUUAUGAUGUACUGCUUUUGUCAUUCCUAA